AUGCUAAAUCUGCAGGUACCAGCUAUACUGGACACAGGGUCGAUGAUUAGCAUUGUUCCUGUGGGGGUGCUGGCACGCGCGAAGAAGGCAGGUUAUGACGUAGAUGUUUUAGAGGUGAUACCCGACAGAAAGUUAAACCCGGUAUAUGACGCCUCGACCAACGGGAUGAACUUCCUGGGAGCUGUUAAAGUCCCUGUAAAAUUAGAAGGGGGAAAGAAGAGCAUAGUAGCAUUCCACAUAUCGGAUGUCAAGGGUGAUGAUGUACUGAUCGGCACGAAUGCAUUGGCAGCCUUGGGAGUCGAUAUAAUACUCAAAACGGAGGAAAGGCAACAGGAUGUGCUCGACGGGAAAAGAGUAGUAGCAACAAAGCGGGUGUACAUUCCUCCACAUAACUCAAUACUAGUGCCGGCGCGAUGUGAAGGAGGCAGUGAACUAGAAGAGAGGGUAGUGUGGCCAAGUAGGGAGGACCUACCCGUCGGGGUGUUCACAGUGAAGAAUCAGGAACUGGACAUUCCAGUCAUGAACACCACGGAGAAGCCAAUGAUCCUUAAAGAAGGAGAGGAGUUAGGACAAUGGGGAACAGAGAAGUGGAAAAGUAAGUGGGAAGAAAUGAAUCCACUAAUGAUGGACAGUGAGAUACCACACCUCGAUAGGGAGGAACGCCGUAACAUCCUGUAUGCACAGCUGAGGGAAGGUUCCAAGGACCCAGAUGGAUUGAGGAAACUAUUGCGAGUGGCGUAUAAAAGAUGCAUCGACUGGACUGAAUUCAUUUGCGAAAACGAAGGAAUAAGGCGCCACGAAAGGAUCGAUAAUUACGAGUUUGACAGGAUCUACGAUGCAGCCUUUAGAAGAGCCAAAAUGGAAUUAGAAGGCGAAGAACAAGGCCAUGGACCGGUAAAGGAAGGCGGCACAGCAUUUGCAGCUCCAGCGUCAGCACUGUUAUUGGAACGAGAUGGUCCGAAGCGAGGCUCUCACAAGAGUUGCCACCAUCUUCACCCAGCUAAAGGAAGUCUUGCAGGAAUGGAAGGAAUACCGCACAUGGGUCAUCGUCUGGCCGAAAGACCAACUGGCAGUGAACAGUGA